GUAAUUCUAUGUAUUUCUUAAAAUUGAAAGCGUAUUUUUGAUGUUUCGAAAAGUAUUUUUUUUAUCGUUACUAUCGUGACACUUUAGAUUAUAUUCUUUAAGAACAGCGUAAAACAAUGGACGAACUUCUGAACGAGGUGGUGCCACAAGAAGAUUUAGAGAGAUUUGAAAAAAAAUAUCAUCAUGAGCUGGAGUUAGACGGCGAAGUUACCACUGAGACUAAAUUCGAGUAUGCAUUUUGUCUUGUGCGAAGUCGAUACACAAACGAUAUAAGGAAGGGAAUAAUGUUUUUGGAGGAGUUGGCACGAACACAUACAGAAGGAAGGCGUGACUAUAUUUAUUAUCUUGCGUUUGGAAAUGCUCGUAUUAAAAACUACGAUCUAAGCCUAAAUUACUGCAGAGCAUUUCUAGAAAUCGAGUCAAAUGAGCAAGUUCGUUCGCUUGAGGAGUACAUUAAAAAGCAAAGUGAUAAGGAAAUAGCAAAGGGUAUGGCCGUUGCUGGAGGAGCUGCCCUUGUUCUUGGUGGAAUUUUGGGAUUAGGAUUUGCUAUGGCUCGAAAUAAGCAAAAGAGGGAUAAAAAAUGAAGCUGUUCCAUGAAGCUGUUUUUACAGGACCUUGUUCCGUACCCAUGUAAACAACGUGACACAAACGCUUGCUCUUCAUUUAUUAACAAUUGUUGUAUUUCAAUGUUAGAAUCUAGUAUAGUCUACACUUCAAAAUGUUUUCUCAAUCAGAAUUGAGUUCAUAAAACGUAAACAUAUUUUUUAUUAUAUCUUAGAUAAUAAACAGAUAUUGGGUAAAUGUGAUGAAUACUAAAUAAAAUAUGGAUAAUUCUGAAAUGUCAAAUGCGA